AUGGUGACCCAAAAUGCGAUUCUUAGAAAUACUCUCAUUCUUGUCCUGCUCACUUUAGCCGUCAUGGCCAAAACCGUGUUCUCGCAGAAUUGCCAGAAAAUGGGUUGUCCAGGUCUCAUAGAGUGUUGUAGCUCCUGGGGUUACUGCGGUACCAAAGACGAACACUGUGGCUUUUGGUGCUUCAGCGGCCCUUGCAAUCUCAAAAAUAAAUCAUACGGAUUCGACUACAAUGUCAAUGCCGGUCCACGCGGUCCAAUAGAGAGUAUUGUAACGCCAGAGUUAUUCAACCGCAUCAUGAGAAAAGUAGGAAGCAGUUGUCCGGCAAAAGGGUUCUACACUCACAAGGCUUUCAUCGCUGCGGUUAAAUCGUUUGGAGCCUAUAAAGAAACGGUGGCUAAGCGCGAGAUUGCAGCCAUCUUGACUCAUUUCUCUCACGGAUCUAAUAGCUUUUGUUACAAAGAAGUUAAAGCAAAGGGGAACUAUUGUUCGCCGAGCAAGAAGUACCCUUGUGAACAAGGAAAGAAGUACUAUGGUCGUGGUCCACUCCAAUCAAUCAGAUGGAACGAGUACUUUGGUGCAGCCGGAAAAUUUCUAGAGUUGCCUCUGUUGAAAGAUCCGGAUAUGGUUGCUCGUAGCCCCGAAGUGGCAUUCAAAUAUGCAAUGUGGUUCUGGAACAAGACCGUGCGUCCGGCUCUAUACCUAGGAUUUGGAGAAACCUCGAAGAGAGUGGACGGUCGAAUAUGCGAUAAUUUGCAUCCUGAUGAUACGAAGAACUUGGUUAAGCAAUACGUCGAGUUGUGCAAGAUCCUUGGGGUUACUCCGGAUAAAGGUCUCCAUUGUUAA